AUGAGAUGGCAUAAGGAUAAACGAGUUGACACAGAGGAUGUUUUACGACAUCCAGCUGAUGCUGCAGGAUGGAAGCACUUUGAUAAAGAAUUUCCUCAAUUUGCUUCAGAGCCAAGAAAUGUUCGUUUAGGCUUAGCUUCAGACGGUUUUAAUCCAUUUGGGAAUAUGAGUACUGCAUAUAGCAUGUGGCCAGUAGUGCUUAUUCCAUACAAUUUGCCCCCUUGGAAGUGUAUGAAGGAAUCCAAUUUUUUCAUGUCUUUGCUUGUACCUGGACCUAAAUCUCCUGGAAAAGAGCUUGAUGUAUAUUUGCAGCCCUUAAUUGAUGAGUUGAAAGAGUUGUGGAAUAAUGGUGUGCGGACCUUUGACUGUACAGAUGAGGAGUACUUUCGAUUACAUGCAUGUUUGUUGUGGACCAUCAAUGAUUUUCCUGCAUAUAGUGACUUGUCAGGAUGGAGUACGAAAGGAUAUCAAGCAUGCCCUACUUGUAAAGAAGAUACGUCAUCGUUUGGGAUAAAAGGAAAAAUAUCUUUUAUGGGACACCGACGUUAUCUUUCUUCUGAUCAUAUUUGGCGUCGAAGUCGUCAACAUGACGGUAAAUUCGAACGCAGACCUCCACCAGUUGUAAUGAAUGGAGAUGAGAUCUUACAACAAGUAAACUCCAUCAACUUUCCAGUGUUAAGUAAGCAUCCAUCCAAGACGAAUAAGAAAAGAAAGCGUACUAUUAAUUGGAAUAAGAAAAGUAUAUUCUUUGAACUUCCGUAUUGGUCUAAACUUCUUUUGAGGCAUAAGUUGGAUGUUAUGCAUAUUGAAAAAAAUGUUUGUGACAACUUGCUUGGCACUUUAUUAAAUAUUGAUGGUAAAACAAAGGACACAAUCAAUGCCCGUUUAGAUCUAGAGGACUUGAAUAUACGAAAGGAAUUACAUUUGCAAAGACAAGGAACUAAGUUGAUAAAGCCACAUCCUACGUAUACAUUAACUGGAAGCGAAAGAAUAGACUUUUGUAAGUUCUUGAAAUCAGUUAAAUUUCCUGAUGGAUUUGUCUCAAACAUAUCACGAUGUGUAAGUGUCAAUGAUGGAAAAUUAUGGGGACUUAAGACUCAUGACUCUCACAUUUUACUCCAACGACUUAUUCCUAUUGCUGUACGAGCAUACUUACAUAAGGAUGUGUGUACAACUGUAGUUGAGUUAUGUAAUUUUUUUCGUGAUCUGUGUGCGAAGACAAUACGUGUCAGCGACCUGAAUCGUCUGGAAGCCGAUAUUGUGCUCAUUCUCUGCAAACUUGAAAGAAUUUUUCCACCUGCAUUUUUUGACAUAAUGAUACAUCUUGCAGUUCAUUUACCGGCUGAGACAAAGAUUGUUGGUCCAGUAAGCUAUAGUUGGAUGUAUCCUAUAGAGAGAAGCUUGCGUACAUUAAAACAAUAUGUACGGAACAAAGCUCAUCCUGAGGGUUCCAUAGCAGAGGCAUUCAUUAUGAAUGAAUGUUUGACCUUCUGCUCAAUGUAUCUAAUAGGAAUAGAGACAAGAUUCAAUAGGAAUCCACGAAAUGAUGACUCAAUGAAUAGACAACUUGGUUGUGGGGACUUUGAUGUGUUCAAACAGAAUGUGCGACCAAUGGGGGGGUCAGUUGUGAGGACGCUAUCUGAAGAUGAGAAGAGAAUGUGUCAUUGGUAUGUUCUGAACAAUUGUUGUCAAAUAGAAUCGUAUCGCAGAGAACAUUUGAGCUUGAUAAACACCAGAGGAGAGGAUGUAUUAGAUUUAUUUCGAAGGCAUCAAUUAGAAUUUCCUAAUUGGUUUAGAACUCAUAUGUAUUCAUUACGUGAAAGAGGUGAAGCAUCUGAUGAUCUUUACUCCAUCGCAUUAGGGCCUAUUAAUGAAGUUCGCACUUACAGUGGUUGCUUUGUAAAUGGAUUACGUUAUCAUUCAAUAGAGCGUGAUAAUCGUCGGACUACUCAAAAUAGUGGAAUCAUGGCAUAUGAAGAAACCAAAGCCGACGAAACGAAUUAUUAUGGUGUAUUGCAAGAGGUCUUGGACUUAGAAUAUCUUAAGUGUAGACGUGUAUGUCUUUUUAAAUGUAAUUGGUUUGACACAGAUGUCAAGAAGAAUAAAUUUCGUUGUGAUUUAGGGUUUAAAAUAAUCAAUACUUCUCGUUUUUGGUACACUGAUGACCCAUACAUAUUAGCUACUCAAGCUGUGCAAGUUUUCUACAUUGACGAUCCAAAAUUACGCAGUAAUUGGAAAAUUGUGCAAAUUGUCCAAAAUAAACAAGUAUGGGAUAUCCCAGAAUCUGAAGAAGUAGAAGAUGAUAGAUUUGAGUUGUUAGAAGCAUGUAGUUCAAUUGGGGUUGAUGAAUCCAUACAUGAUAUCCCGUUUUGUAGAGGCGACGUUGAGCCUACUGUUGUUGAUCAUAAAGAGACAGAAAAUCAAGAUCAGUCCCGAAUUGACGAUGACUUUAUAAAUGAUGAAACUGAACAACUACAAUCUUCUGAUUCAGAUGGUAAUGAAUAA